AUGCGAUUAGAACGGUUUUGGUGGUUCCGGGCAUGGGCUCCAAUUGUUGUUUUGGCAUUACUUUCAUACGCAAGCUGGGCUUAUUGUUAUGAAUUGUGCUACAAUGAAAUUUAUUUGAACUUUGGACAUGAAUCUGUUGCCGUGGGACUUAUGUGUGGUGAGGUGGCGCUCACGGUGCUUUUGAUAGUACUUUGGAUACAAAUGGUCGUUGUAGGACCCGGAGUCCAGCCCAAACUUUUACCAUUUCGAUUAUUUCCUGACAUAGAAACCAUUGACACUGAAAAUGAUGGUAGCAUUGAUAGUGCCAAAAACGAUGCUGGAAACAGACCUCCGCAAUCUAUUCGGCCUCCUAAACUAUACCAAUGCGAUCCCCAGGGCUAUCCUUUGUGGUGCAGCGCUUGUCAGAGCAUCAAAGCAAAUCGAACGCAUCAUUCGGCAUCAUUGGGCUAUUGCAUACCAAGAUUCGAUCACUAUUGUUUCUGGAUAGGUACUGUAGUAGGGAGGAAAAACUACCGUUUAUUCGUGCAGUUUGCAUUGUAUUUUUGGGCCUUUUGCAUAUUUGUGAUAGCUUCUGUUGCCAGCUAUUUGCCACGCAUAAUAAGGUCGCGCGACAAGAUUCCACGGGUAAAUCCUAAUAUUAUCGUUACCUUGGCGUUGUGCUGUAUGGCAACGCUCAUGGUGGGGCCUUUGGGCUCUGCCCACAUCUAUUAUAUGGCAGUCAACAAAACGUCGCUGGAGGUAAUAGCUACCAAACGCAGGUCGAAGGCUACGAAAAACUGGAUGUGCUAUCUCAAUCCCGCAGAUGGCCUACGUUACGUUUUCGAGUUCAGAGCUCUCGACGCACAGGACUACUGGAACAAGCAUAACGCACUUCGCAAUUUGAAAGAGUUUCUGGGUCCAAAUAUGUAUACAUGGCUUCUUCCGCUGGGUACAGGCAUCAAAAAGCAUACUCCUCAAUCAUUCGAGUAUGAAGAUGUUCUUCUUUCGUACAAGGAAGAUCCCUCUGAUUCAUUGUUGCAGCUGUUGCAAGAUAGAAUCUCACAGGGAGACUACUUAAUAACAUUCAGAGCGUUCGGCGACGACACGGCAUGA